ACUGCGAGUGACUCACACGAGCCCCCGAGAGCGACAUCCAAUAAUAUGUACAGUUUAAACUGUUUUUUUUUUUAUUCACAACCCACAACCCACAACCUGUAACAAAUAUCACGUCAAUUUCAAAUUGAAAGCUGGCACGGCUUGAUGUGAGGAGGGUGAGAUGAAAUGAUUGAACUUACAGUAUCACUCACACAGCAGUCACAUGGCUGAUACCAAGGAAAAAGUCUGAAGAAAAACAGCUCUGAGGUUCCACCUACACGUUCUCAGGCGUGUGAGACCUUCUACCACAUCUAUCUAUGUAUCUAUCUAUCUAACUAUCGAUCUAUUUGUCUGUCUGUCCGUCAUUUGUAUAUUUGUCAUUGUGACCCUAUGUUUCCCUCCUAUUAAUGUCUUGGACCCAGAUCCUUAUCUUGAAAGAAUAAGAUGCGUUUCAUAUUUCAAUUGAGGCCUUGCGAUGAUUUGAUGCAGUUUUACAGCUUAAAAAUAAACACUAAAACACGAACCACCAAAUAAACUAAAAUGAAACCUUUUCUAACUUGAGAUUUCAUGUUGUAUCGUAAGUUGUACUGGUAACAUUUUAUGCAACAAGGUGAUGUAUUUGUUUUGCUUCUUCUACUCUACAAAUAAAUGUUUUUUUAGUUUGUCAAAGAAAAGCUGGAACUUCUAAAUGAGGCAUGUUAUGUUUAUGAAACAUAACAUAGUGUAUGUGAUUUAACAUUAUAUAUUAAGUUCACAUAAAUCAGCAUGAGUAGCUCGUCAUUCUACUUCGGUGGGGACUCAACCAUUGCUGUGUUUUUCACCUUCCACCUAAAGCUUUUAAAGAUCAGUAGAAUGAACUUCAAUCUACACAUUUGCCCCCUGUAUGUUAUAAUCUUAGUCUUUUCAGCCCUUUUCCUCCAUAUCUAAACGUCUAACAUCUAAACAUCUAUCUAAACUCUAAGCAAACGUCUGCCUGGCAGUGUAGGCCAGUUUCUGACUUAGCGACAGGGAAAAGUAGAGAAGCGAGAACGGAGGGGAUGAUUCACUUUCAUGCAUAUCCAUUAGAAUGAGACAGUGGGUAACGGCGUGUCCCUGUUCCCAUACUGGUGACGACGGUGAUGUUGAUGAUGCUCACAGUUGUGAGCAAAGCAGUGGUUGCGAGCGCAACUGACUGGCAGUGACGGAGGAGUGGUUUAGUGUUGCACUUUUGCCAUCUCGGUUUCAAAGCAACAACUAGCGCUUCCAUGAAUUACACAGAGAGCAUUUGUAAACAAGUAGUGCUCACAGGGAUGCGGAGAUACGGUUUAUAGAGGAGUUUACUGUUAAUUUGACUAGAAGCAUCUCUACGAAGGAAAAUGUAGAUGUUUUACACACGUCCAACGGGGCUUAGAUAUUCUGGGACAUGUUUUGUCCUUCUCUGCGAUCACCAUGUGAUUUGAAAUUAUUUCGUAUGCAAAAGUAGAUAUUACAUAUUGUUACAAAAGGUGCUUGAUGUGAAGAAGAGACUGGCGUGAAGACUGAGAGAAUCCGUGGGAGGAAGUGGGUCUCCCUGUUUACAUCGCUACAGUUUCCAGGCUGACAAAAAUCAAACCGCAUCAAAGCCUGGCGUGUAGCUUAAGUCAUGUGAUGAGAAGAGGAACUACCCGACACUCCGCCCCCAUCACCUCCUACUCCCGUAUAUAUGGCUCAUCAGCCCUAUAUACGAGCUCAACACCUCAGAGAACACGUCGGACAAAGAACGCGGGGAAAAAGCUGCUCAUGAGAGGAUUCAUUCGCACAAUAGUGCGUCAAACAGAGCACAAGAUGUUGAAGUAUUGCAUAAUCCUGGUUCUUACCCAACUGAUCACAGGAGGUCAGUGUGAGGUCAGGGAGGUUUUUGCUGAAGAAGGCUCUGAAGCUGUGCUGCCCUGUAGAAACAACUAUCCCUCCAUCCACUCUGUCGCUGUCGCAUGGAGUAAAGCCAACCAAGGCACUGUUUGGAGGAAGCAGAGGAGCGGCCUGCAGUACUGGGGCGCGGGCUGGGCCCAGAAGGGGUCCCAGGCGUCCCGCGUUCGAUGCCCCCACUCCCAGUUUGAAAAAGGCGACUACAGCCUUCAAAUCAACGGCGUGACGGAGGCGGAUGCGGGCUUUUAUUCCUGCAUCCUGGAACUUGGAGGACAUGUUGUUGAAAAAGUGGUGGUCCUCAGAGUGAUGAAAGUGACCGUAUCUCCCUCGGUUCCCAUAUGGGGAAAGGAGGUGUCGCUCACCUGUAACGUGGCUUCGUGGCCCUAUGGGUCAACUGUGCAGUGGCUGUUGAACAACAGGCCGUUCAGGCGUCAGGCCAGAAUCAACUCUGACAAGGACACCGGCCACGUUGUGAGGGAAAAGGCGAGCGACAAACUCACAGGAAACUGGACCUGCGUCGUCCGAUAUAAAGGUGAAGAGGGCCGAGCUUCGGCGCGUGUGUCUGUGAAAGGAAUCAUCCAGCCGUUCGACGACAACACCAAGGUGUACGCUGCCGUGGGGUCUGCGGCCGCGCUCCCGUGUGUCUUCUCCGCUGAUUUAACCCCUUCCUCGCCGGGCUGGGAGAAGCUGAACCCCGGCUCUUCCCUCAGCCGCCUGCCUGCCUCGUUCUCUACAACCUCAGGCUCUCAGCGGCCCUGGGACAGGUCUGCCGCCGUGAGAGAGGUCAUGUACGACGACCAGGGGAGGUACAGGUGCUCUGGGACAGUACACGGGCAAAGGCAGACGCGAACCAUGCAGCUUGUGGUGGCCAAAAUUGACAGUAACGUCUCGAAAAAGGGGGCCGUGACGCUGACCUGCCAGCUCUCCGACACAAGUGAGGUCACAGAGUACGAGUGGGUUCAUGUGACCUACGACCUCAAUGGCACGCGGUCGCUUGAGUCCGUCCAGAAGGGGAAAAUUCCUACUAUCAGCAAAGUGUUGGAGCAGAACCAGGGCGAAUGGACGUGUCGGUUCUAUGGGAAACAGGGCAGUUUGGGAAACGUAACGGACCACGUUCAGUCGAUGAGUGGACUGAGUGGGAUGAAGUCAGCAAGAGCUUCAUACAGCACUCCUGCUGUGGUCAUGCUCAGUUUUCUCCUCCUGGUUCUGCUGCUGAUUCUGGCUCAGAUGUACAAGAACUACCUGAGGAGGAAAAGGAUCCAUCAGUACCCGGCGCUGGAAACCAUCGUUCACACCGUCUCCAACGAGCGCGAGGAGCGAGAAAAGAGCCGAGUGAAGAAGUAGACGCUCGAUCGCAGGGCGACUUUCACACAGCUAAUCGGGUGGAACUCGCCUCCUCGCUUCAUGCUGGGAGAUUUUAUUUGCACAGAUUUUGUAAAUAUUUUCAGACAAGAUGUAGCAAUACUAUACUAUUAUUACAAAUAUGUUAUUCCUGUUGUAAAUGUGUUGAUUUAUGUGAAGACCUGUGUGUAUAUUAAAUAACAGAAUGUGUUCUAAAUAAAGUACA